AUGGAGAAUAGCCGGGCUGGUCGAUCCAUGAAUGGGUCGGGAGUCAUCGAAGGCAAGUUGCCGAAGGGCAGUGUUGGAUGGGGUAGCGGAUGGGGUGGUUCGAUCGUGGUUAUGGAUAGCGAUUGGAAGCUCACAAUCGCGUAUACCAUGAACAGGAUGUUAAACGAUAACCAUCCUUCCCCAGCAGCACACAUUAAGGCGGUCUAUGAGAUACUUGGAGUUACCCUAGCUGUCUAG